CGCGCGCGCUCCGUCAUUGGUCGCGCCGCCAAACGCUCGGCCGCGUUUCCUUUCGGCAAACAAAACUUUCCCGACGCUCGCAGCCACACUCGGUCGGCACGGAAGAAUCGCACCGUCUCUCCAGUUUGCUUUUGGGAAGGAAGCCACAUAAACAAGUAUGUACAGCUUCAUGGGAGGCGGCUUGUUCUGCGCCGGAGUGGGCAACAUCCUCCUGAUCGUCUCCACGGCAACCGACUAUUGGAUGCAAUAUCGCCACUCCAGCAGCUACAUGCAUCAAGGCCUGUGGCGCUACUGCGUGCCCGGCAAGUGCAUGACACACACCGACAGCAUCGCGUACUGGGACGCCACGCGGGCCUUCAUGAUCCUGUCCCUGCUGGCGUGCUUCAUCGGCAUCGUCAUCGGCGUCAUGGCCUUCAUCCACUACUCAUCCUUCGACGGCUUCGACAAGACCUUCGCUGCCGGCAUCCUCUUCUUCAUUUCCUGUUUCUUUGUGCUGCUGGCCAUGGCGGUGUACACGGGCGUGACGGUCAACUACUACGGCAAACGCUACGGGAGCUGGCGCUUCUCCUGGUCCUACAUCAUGGGUUGGGUGGCUGUGGUGCUCACCUUCUUCUCAGGUAUCUUCUACAUGUGCGCCUACCGCAUGCACGAAUGCCCCCGGAAUUCCAACUCGCGCUGACCUCAACGAGACGCCCGCAUGAACUCCAACAUCAUUUCCUCUUCAAGACUCAUGAAUAUUCAUGGGCAAGGGCAAUAAAUCACUGAGUGCAUCUGA